AUGGGGUUGUAUCGUGCGGUGUGUGUUCUACUGGUCGUCCUUGCUGCCGUCGAGGCCCUCAACAGAUACAACGUGCGUGGAUGCUACAAAAAGACGAGAGUCUACGAGCACAAACAUCGCCCCCGCAUCUACGAGAGCCCCAACUUUGAUCACGACAAAGUGCCGAUCGCUUGGGAUUGGAGGAACGCUGAUGGUAUCAAUUAUGCUUCAGUGGACCGGAAUCAGCAUAUACCGCAGUACUGUGGAUCCUGCUGGGCUCAUGGCGCCACCUCUGCUCUGGCCGAUCGUAUUAACAUUAAGCGGAAGAACAAGUUCCCUCAGGCUUUCCUCUCCAUUCAGGAGGUAAUCGAUUGUGCCGGUGCUGGAUCUUGUGAGGGUGGAGAGGCCGGGGCUGUCUAUGCCUACGCCAAGAAACACGGAAUUCCCCACGAGACUUGCAACAAUUAUCAGGCUCGCGAUGGAGAGUGCAACCCUUACAAUCGGUGUGGAUCUUGCUGGCCGGGCAAUUGCUUUGCCAUCUCGAACUACACGCUUUACAAGGUGAAGGAAUACGGUGAGGUGAAGGGGCUGAAGGCGAUGAAGGCCGAGAUCUACAAUCAUGGGCCGAUCGCUUGCGGGAUUGCUGCCACCAAAAAGUUUGAGGAUUAUGCGGGAGGCAUCUACAAGGAGGAAACCGACGAGGAAAUCGACCACAUCAUCUCGAUCCACGGCUGGGGCGUUGAUCACGAUUCCGGUGUCCCGUAUUGGAUUGGCCGUAACUCGUGGGGACAACCAUGGGGAGAGCAGGGAUGGUUCCGCAUCGUCACGUCUGAAUACAAGGACGCCGGAAGUCGCUUUAACCUCAGGGUGGAAGAGGACUGCGUUUGGGGAGAUCCGAUCAUCGAUUUCGAC